GUGGACGCGCGUAGCCCGGACCCACUCGAGAGACGCGGGGAGAGCGGCGAUAUCGACGCCGGUGGAUCCGCAGACGAGGAAGAAGAUGAGCCUUAAAUCUGAACGCCGAGGAAUUCAUGUGGAUCAAUCAGAGCUCCUCUGCAAGAAAGGAUGUGGUUACUAUGGCAACCCUGCUUGGCAGGGCUUCUGUUCCAAGUGCUGGAGGGAGGAGUACCACAAAGCCAGGCAGAAGCAGAUUCAGGAGGAUUGGGAACUGGCAGAGCGACUACAGAGGGAGGAGGAAGAGGCCUUUGCCAGCAGUCAGAACAGCCAAGGGGCUCAGUCCCUCACAUUUUCCAAGUUUGAAGAAAAGAAAACCAAUGAGAAGACCCGCAAGGUUACCACAGUGAAGAAGUUCUUCAGUGCUUCAUCCAGGGUUGGAUCAAAGAAGGGUAAUUUUCUGAUUCUCUUUUUUUCUUCUGUGCCCAAAUGAAGUACAUAGUAGAUCCACAGUGCACAUGGGUUCAGCCUUUUAAUUUCUGUAAAAGCGUUUAUAGACUAUGAACUCCGAUUUGAGACUGAAAUUGGGUUUGAGGGUCAGGCGAUAUAUGAAACCAAAAUUCUCUUUGGUCAGAGGACAUUGUUUUUUAGAGAAGCUUGUUUACUGAGAAAUGAAGAGAAUUGAAAUGUAUAGUUUUCUUUAUAAAGUUAAUUACCAUCUAACUAGCAUCUUUUUGGAUGUUUUAUUUUUUUGUGCCUUUCAUUUUUGGAUCCUAGUUUAUUCCCCUUUGCAUAUUUUCCUCACCAUUCAUGCCUUAUCAGAAAUGGCUAUUUCUAGGCUUAAAGUCAUCUAAAAAGUCAGUUUUCUGAGAGACAGUAUUUGGGGAAAUAUAUGGAGAUCAUAUACAAAAAAGCUCACUUUGGGCUUUUAGAGUGGUGAAUGUAGCCCGUAGUAUGCAUUUUCUAGUGCAUGGAUUUAUGUGUACUUGACCUUACUCAUCCUACUUCUUAAAAUGCCAUGUAAUGAGCAAAGGAUUAUCACUAAUGUCACACUUGUUCUACUAGUGGGCAGUCAGGCUAGUUCAAAUGGCCUAGCAGGAUGCAAGAAAGAAUGUAUGUUGUUAGGACUCAGCCUCUGAACCAUUAUGUUGGUAAUUCAUUGUGCAGUAAAUUUGGAAUGGUGAGGGAGACUGGGAACCAACACUCGUGCUAUCAGAAGAGCUUUCUUGGAGCCCUGUCUCAUUCCCAACCCCUCAACCUGGGGUAGUUGUGAUGAGGUUAUUUUUGACUUGCCAAAAGGCAGGGGAAUGAAUGAUAUCACCCCAGGUUCUUUGCUGGUCUUUCAGAUUCAAUGACUAUUGUUUUGUUUUAUUAAAGGGAAAAGUUGCUUAUAACCAAAAACACAGCAUUUCUCUUAUAAAUAUAAACCUUUAAGUAUAUCUUUUAGUUCACAUCAUUAAUUUGGAGAAUAAUCAGUACCCGCUAGAGAUUAAAUUAAGAGUGUAUUUGGAUCGUGAUUUCUUUAUUAGGAGGUAGUGUAGUAGGGUGGUUAAGAACAGAAGCUUUAGAGUCACCCUGGUUUGAGUCUCAGCUUUGCAGUUUACUGGCUAUGUGACUCAGAGCAAGCUAAUCUCUUUAAGCCUUGUCAUUCUGAAGGACAAUAAUACUCAACCAUAGGCACGUCUUGAAGAUUAAAUGAGUUGAUGUGUUUAAAGAGUUUAGCACAGUAUGUGACACACAUUGUAAGUCACCAGUAAGUAUUAAUUAUUUAAAAAGAUGUUGUGUUUAUUUUUGAGAGAAUAGUCUCUGCUGGUAAGGAGCUCAGGGUAUUGAUCAAAGCCAUUCAUUCCUAUUUAGCUUAAAUUCUGUUUCCUGCUUUGGGAAAGUCUCACUAAUCUUAUGAAUUUAUGAUGUAUGAUGAAAUGGUAUAUGACAGUAGAUGAAAAGUAAACAAAUUAUAAAACCAUCAGCUCUGACUGCCUCAUUUUACAGAUGACAUGAAAGCCCAUAAAGGUUAACUAAUUUACUCAAGGUUAUAUGAGUUGAUGUAUUAGAACUCAGGUCUCUCUCCUAACUCCUGCUUUAGUGUUUUUCCUUGAACUCAAGAGAAUGUAUGUGUAUGUCUGUAUCUCUAUAGACAUAUGAUGAGGUUUCUCUUACUGAAGUGCAUAAGUCAUGUACAUUCAUUGACCGUUCUUGACAGUUUUAGAAAAAUGUCCUGAGAGCUUCUGACAAUGUGCAUCAUAUUUUAGAAGAUUUGUACUUUAAAAGAAACAAUUCCAAGUUAUUUUUAUUUAAAAAGCCUUUAUAUGGAACACUUCUUACCAUUUUUUCUUU